AUGGCAACGACGCGCGCAAUCAACCAAAAAUCAGAGCAAACCGUCACGAUGGAAACCCCAAAAAUUCCCGGAAGCUCUGAAACAAUAGACCACCCAAGCCCGGAUAGCGCGAGCGCAGAUGCUUGGUCUGGCUUUAUGGAGGAUUUCCGUCGCCCAAUAGAUAAACAUGCCCGCAGAGCUACUCAAAAAGUGAAAGUGGCUAUUCUUGAUAGCGGCAUCGAUAUGUCGUACAUGGGCAUACGUGAAAAAGAUAAAAAGAGAAUUAAAGGUCGCCAGGAUUUUGUUCUUGAUAAAGAUACCAAGGGUGCGAAAGAGGCCGACACUGCGAAAGAUGAAGAUCCGAGCCAUCAUGGAACUCACGUAGCCAUCUUGCUGCUGAAAUAUGCAACACUUGCGGAUAUCUAUGUUGCACGGGUCACAAAGAGCAAAACCUCCGAACUGCGUGCUGAGUGUGUUUCGAAAGCCAUCGAACAUGCGGUCGGUACAUGGGGCGUCGAUAUAAUUUCCAUGUCCAUGAGUUUUAGAUCCGAGCAUCCUAUUGUUGGGAAUGCUAUCAUUGAGGCAUCAAAGAAGGAAAAAAUCAUUUUUGUGGCCGCAUGCAACGAUGGAGCAAAUCUACCAAAGCCUAGCUUCCCAGCGAACAUGCCUGAAGUCAUAUGCAUCAAUGCAACGGAUGGACAUGGCAAUCUAUCAAAGUUCAACCCUCCUCCUAGAAAGGGUUAUUACAACUUUGGCACCCUAGGUGAAGCCAUAUAUUUGGGCUCCUCGCAAUCGACAUCUUCCCAGGGAUUUUCGAAGCGGGUUUCUGGAACGUCGUUUGCCACACCCCUCGCUGCUGCAAUCGCAGCUAACUUCAUUGAAUUCCUCCGGCAGAGCCAACACAGGAAGUUCAAGGUCAGCGACGAGUUGAGGAGCCAAGUGAAGACAAAAGACGGGAUGUUGAAAAUCUUUGCUGUUAUCAGUGAGGAGGUUCAGGAUUUCCACUACUUGAAGCCCUGGAGCUUACUUGAAUGCAACGUGAAACCUGGAGAGACAUGCAAAGAGAAAUGCAAAGAGAAAUGCAAAGGGAAAUGCGAGGGGAAAUGCAAAGAAAAAUGCAAAGAAAAAUGCGAAGUGAUAUACAUAGACAAAUGCGGCGACGAAUGCAAGGAGGCCCGAGAAAAAGCUGCCCGCGAGAUCUCUGAAAUUUUGAGCAAGCCUCUACGACUACUAUCGAACCCGGAUACCCCCACCCUAACUCAUGUGGGUGCCGCCGACACCUGGGCAAGGAGCUCCACUGAACAAUGCAUUUGCUGGAUCAGUGGGAGGCUUGGAACCGGCAAGUCCACCAUCGCUCGUACAAUAGCUCUGCAGUAUUCUGAACAAGGAUACCUUGGAGGUACAUUCUUCUUCUCGAAGAAUGAGAGAGACCUGAACACGCGGGACAAGUUUGUCAGUACCAUCGCUCACCAGCUCACCAAAUUAUCACCAACUUUGAAGCUUGUCAUUUUAAACCAGAAGAGAGACGAGCCUGAAGUGGAACAGUUAGCGAUGGGAAUGCAGUGGGAGAAACUUAUCCACAUUCCACUCUCACAGUUAAAAUCCAGGGAUGACCCGAUUAUCAUAGUUCUCGAUGCCGUGGAUGAAUGCGAGGACCUAGACAAAGUAGCACUUAUGGAUAUCAUCGACCUAUCAGUUCGCACCGCAGCAUUGGAAAAUGUCCGGUUACGUUUUAUCAUCACAAGCAGGCCUGAGACUCAUAUACAUGCCGCCUUCGCAGAAUUCCCCCAGGGAGUCCAGCAUAUUGCGUUAGAUGAACUUGACAAAUCUACCAUAGAUCAGGAUGUCUCAGAGCUGUUCAAAUUCGAGCUUGACAAGCUCAGUAAAGGGAAUCGCGGGAUCGAAAAAGGCUGGCCCGGCGAUGAUUCCAUAAAAAAGCUCACGGAGAGAGCUAAUGGACUAUUCAUUUAUGCUGCGAUAGUGUGUCGGUAUAUUAAAGGACCGGGAGCUGAGUCGGUAAAGAAGCGCCUUACGCAGGUCCUUGAAGACAAGGCUUUUGAUACCCUUGAUGAUAUGUACAACCACAUUCUAGAACAGGCGGUGGCCGAUCCAGAAGAGGAACAGCUCAGAGAGCAAUUCCGGGCUAUACUUGGGGUUAUCGUCUCAUUGUUUGAACCAAUGCCGCAAAAAAGUCUGCGUCUGUUAUGCCCAGAGAAUCUGAGGGAGGAGCUAGAGCUCGACGUCGUGUGUCAAAGACUGGGUUCUCUCCGUUCAGUUUUGGCGGUGCCAGAGUCAGGCGAAGGUCCAGUGUACAUCUCUCACCAGUCCUUCCGUGAGUUCCUCCUGAGAAAGCGAGAAGGAGGCCGCUUGGCCUGGCUUAAUGAGCAAAUGCACCAGAAUUUAUUCACCACAUGCCUCAGCCUCCUAUCCAGCAGGGACCGGAAUGGCCUCAGACGAGAUAUCUGUUGCAUAAAACAUCCUGGCUUCGAAAUCAGUGAGAGAGACCGAGAGAGAAUAGACGGUUCCCUUCUCCCUCACACCCUAUACGCUUGUCGGCGAUGGGUAGAUCAUCUCGAGAAAGUUGACCCUUCCCAGCGUUGGGAACUUGGUCUUCGUGACAAUCAAAAAGUUCACAAUUUCUUACAAGAACAUUUACUCCACUGGCUUGAAGUCCUAGGCUUGAUUGGGGAAGUCUCUGCCGGUAUACACGCCGUUCAAUGUUUGGGCAGUAUGAUAGAGGCGAAGGAAUCCUCUAAGCUGUAUGCGUUUGUCAAAGACGCCAGACGGUUUAUUCUAUAUAACCGUACAAUCAUUGAAAAGGCUCCUCUUCAAGUGUAUUACUCUGCUCUGGUAUUUGCACCACAGCAAAGCCUCGUACGCGAACGAUUCGCAAAAGACUUGUCUAACUGGAUCAAGAGGUUUCCAACAGUCCAGCCCAAGUGGACGCCUCUUCGCCAGACACUGGGGUCCCUUGCUGGGAGCAACCAGCUGAGCCACUGGCACCGUAUGAGAGUGGAAUUUUCCGAGGAUGGCAAGCUGGUAACCUCUACGCAAGAGCCCACGGAUAUGAGGCCGGGGAAGGCGGUAUUCCGUGUUUGGAACGCGACCACAGGUGCACUUCUCAAUACUAUGGAAUCCCCCAAGGCCAUCGCCUUUGCUCCAAAAGAAAGGCUGGCGGCUUCUCUUAAUCUUAGAAACGCUGUUGAACUGCGUGAUGUGGUAAACGGCCGAAGAAUACGGGUGCUUCAAACCCAGCCGCAUGAGUCUGAGAUCAACCUGGUUGACUUUUCGCCCGACGGCAAGCAAGUGGCUGCUGGGACAUGUCGAGGAUUGGUCCAUCUCUGGGAUGUAAAGACCGGGCAUCUGCUAAGGACGUUUGUGGGAGGGACAGGCUCAGGUGAAGGGCAUCAUUUUCAUCGCGUCGCCUGCUCCCCAGAUAAUAAAUGGGUAGGGGCUCGCUUCUGGCGUGACACAUGCCGUGUUUGGAACGCAGACGACGGCUCGGUUGUGUAUAACUCGGGGGAAGUGACCGACAUUGUAUUCUUACCAGAUAGCAAGUUGGCUGUCGUCUUUUUCGGUACAGCACAAGUUCUGGACCUUAAGACGGGCUCAGCUCUGUAUACAAUUGAUGGCUGCUUUAGCAUCGUUUUAUCCCCGGAUGGACAACUGGCGUGUUCUUUGCAUGUUAAACGGGACCCAGAAACGUUUGAAGAUGUAUGCCGACUGUCGCUCAGGGAUGCAGCAACAGGAGACGAAACGGGUGUAGGCAUACGUCCAAAAAACCCCCGCAGGCUCACAAGGAGCGAUUAUGCGACCUUCACGCCAAACGGAAAGCUGGUGGCACUAUACAAUGACCAUGCGUCUUACUUGCGACUCCUCGACGUGACCACGGGAGAACUAACGAGGGCCUGCAACGAGGGCGGCCAUCAUUUCAAGACGGUUGCCUUCUCCCCCGACAGUACGGUGGCAGCAUUGGGGUCGGACGAUGGGCUUGUUCGACUUUGGGAUAUACCAACGCCGGCACCUGCCGCUGCGUCUUCUUUUAAGGGUAGGCUAAAGCGACUUUGGAGGCCAAUAUCAACAGAUGCAGUAGACAAGUAUUAUCCACCGGCCGCCGCCCUCGCAUUCUCACCAAAUAGAAAGUUGGUGGCAUCAGGCGCCUACGGAGGGCCAAUAACAAUCUGGGAUGUCGCAACAGGCACCCGUUUGCGGGAAUCUAAGUCGAGUUACGAUGUGGGAUUUAACUCGAUCUCUUGGGAAGAUGCUAAGCGACUGGUGGCCUGUGAAGACUACCGCCUGAUAUUCUUGGAUGCUGCGUCCCUUAAGGAGGAUCGGAGGAUCGGCGGUUGGUCCGACAUCAGAGCAAUCUCGCCGGAUGGUAGGAUGGUAGCGGCCCAUGUGAGGGACAGCCUGGUGCGCGAUUACUUCCUGCGUCUAUUUGACUCCGAAACGAGAGAAAAACUGCAGGAACUCACUGGCAGGAGUAUCCACAGAGUUCAAGCCGUUGCUUUCUCACCGGACAGCAAGCGUCUGGCGGUAGGGUGCGAUAGCGAAGUUGAUAUCUGGAACAUAAAGACUGCAGAAAACAUGGAGACUAUGACGAUGUCGGACACUGUGAGAGAGCGUACGUUUAAAGCCCUCGCCUUCUCCGCGGACGGGGAGAAGCUCCUAACGUUGUUGAAAGGCCCCCAGAGUCACCUCCUCGUUGAAGUGCUGACGGGCAGAAGACUCCGCGAGCUCCAAGACUGCGAUAUCAAGCAGUUGUUCCCGCGCAACACCAGGGACGGCUACGUAUCGACCAACUGCGGGCUGCUGCGUAUAUCUCCAAGCGAUACGACCGCGGCCAACGUCGAACCACUUUUCUUCACCAAGAGCUGGGCGACGUACGAUGGAUGCAACGUCCUCUGGCUGCCUCAUGAAUACAGACCUCGUUGUCUGGUUGUCAGCGGUAGUGUCGCCGUGUUUGGACACCAGUCUGGGAAGGUUGAUUUUGUAGAAUUCGACCUUGCCAAAAUGCCCAAAAGAGCGGAUAUGAGAGCCGCAGUAUAA